CAGUGGUUGCAUAGCGGUGUGUUUCUAUAGGUCACACAGAACAAUAGUGAGGCCACGAACACUGCAUCUAUUGUAGUGGGGCUCAACAGGGGGACUUUGACUUCGUCAGCAGUGUGGAAUGACCCAGGGGGCGAAAAGGGGUUUGAAUUUGGGCCUAGAGGGCUGCACUGCUCACCUCCUCUACACUGGAACAGUCCGUGUGGAGAUUAAAUAAAGGUUUAAACUCUUCAUCCAGAAGGAGAGGGAGGAGAGGAGAUGACUUAGGGGAGGACGAGAAGGGAAAGACCUGGGUAGCUGCUUGAAGUCGCAUCAGAUGUUCCUCGCCGGUGGCUGAGGGGCUUGCCAAGGGCCAGCAUGAGCUCCCAAGUUGGAUCCUCUGGGGCGAGUGGCUCGAGCAGAAUUGGACGUCCCGGAUCUGAAGACGCUGAUGAAGGAUACAGUAACAUUGAGACUAACAGCCGCCAUUUGAGGGGAAUAAAACCUGCAGAUUUAGCUGGAGAGGGAAGAUCAAGAAGUGUGGAUCAGCUGGUGAGACCUGCCCUGCCAGGGAGGAAGGCACAUAGGAAAACCUGCAGUAAGGACAGCAGAGGAGGAAGACAGAGAGAGGGAAACCAUGACAGGGAAGAGGAGCAUCAAAAUGUCGGACGGGUUGAAGAAAAAGGAAAACAAAGACAGAGGAAGGUUGAAAAACCUGAGAAACAUGCAGACGCGGAUCAGGACGGAGAGGGAAGGGAAAGCACUGAAAGUUUGUCAAGUAGUAGUUCUGAUGUCCAGGUAAACAGCACUGUGGAAGUGGGAGAAGGGUCAAACAGCUUCAUGCGUCUUGGACCUCGCAAUACCAAUUUAAACCCACAAUCCCCUUGGCUAGCAGUGAGGUCUUCCGCUCUCUCUCAGCCCCAUAGCCAAACAAGAUCCACUCCUCCAACCCCACAGAGAUUUACAUCCAGGACAGCCACAGAACUUCCCCGCAACUCCUCUAGCUCAUCCAGAGAACCGGAUCCAUUCUGGGUGGACGUGAGAACUGGAGCAGCGGCCAGAAGAUUCCGGCAAAGCCACCCGACUCGGACACCGAACCCAUCUGUCACCAGCUCAGAGAUAGGAGAAGAGGAAGAGGAAGUAGACGACGGAGAGGAAGGAGGAAGUGGUGUGAUGGAGGUGACGAGUCAAGCUGUGACCUCAGUAGCUGUGCCGGCGUGUGUUCCUUUUGGGGAGAGGAGGAAGAAUAAAAGAGAGAAGAACAGGAUGAAGUGUCUGAGGAGGAGGCAGAGGAGACGGGAGAGGUGGAGACAGAGUCAACUGCAGGAGAACAGACAGAGUUCAACAGGAAACGCAUCCAGCAGCAGCAGUGAGGAUGACGAGGACGUGAGCGUCGGGGACAGAGAAGGCUACAUCUGCGCCGUGUGUUUGGAUGUUUACCUCAGCCCUUACAUGUGUCACCCCUGUAACCACAUCUUCUGUGAACCCUGUCUGAGGACACUGGCUAAGAACAGCCCCACCAACACACCCUGCCCCCUCUGCAGAACAAUCAUCACACAUGUUUUCUUCCAGAAGGAGCUAAACCAAACAGCGAGGACAUUCUUCCCAAAGGAAUACCUUUCUCGGAAACAGAAUUUCCAGAAAGCAAGUUGUGCAAAGUGGCCACUGCCGAGCUGUAGGAAGCUAUUUCGCAUCUUUGGAGGCUUCCAGAGACCGUCUAGCCCCAUUGCUCGACGCCAGUUCCCCCAUGGAGGAGGCUACCGUCUGGACGCUUUGGACUUUGAGGAUGACUCUCGUGGCUGGCGCUUUGACAUGGACAUGGUCAUCAUCUACAUCUACUCCGUCAACUGGGUUAUUGGAUUCUUCAUAUUCUGCUUCCUUUGCUACCUCUUCUUCCCUUCUUUUUGAAACUCCCAGCAACACUGGUGGAGGCUGAAGACACUGAAUGCUGAGGGUAAAAUACGGAAUUAAAGAUGAAGCAGGGGGCAGGGACCUACAUAUAUAUACUGUAUAUAGGAGAGAGGGGGAAACAGAGGUGUAAUGAAAGACAAUGAAAUUCAAGCAGGGGCUGGCGUGGUGGAGGGUAAACAACAGUGUGCCAGCUUGUUGUUUCUCAUUAAUAAAUGAUUGAAAUGGGGAAAUUGUGAAAAAGGGGAUGUUUGGGAAUACAAUGUUCUCUGUCUCCACAUGAUGCACAUGUAAUGUAGGUUGCACAACAUGUUUUCCCCCUUGUGAAGAGGGGAGUUAAUCUCCUGCAACAUGACGUUUCAGUUCCACAACAGGUAUGGCUUAUUCCCAGGAAAUACUUUAGAGCAAACGAUACUUCAACAAUUAUCCUUUUGCUUACAACAACAGUAAACGAAACAGAAUUAACACAAAGAGCAUUGUUUGGGUUGGUUUUCAUGCUAACUGCAUCAAAGAUUUGCUCUUUUUUAUGGGUUUGAGAACAUUGGUUUAGGAUUUUAUAAACCUCUGUUUUCCAAUUUAUCACUGCACAGCAUAUAUUUGCUUCUAAAACAUUUUCAAUUGGCAGCUUCUAUAUACAGUAACAAACAGUAUUUUUGCUACACAUUUUAAUUCAUUAAAUGAUAAGUUAUAAUGUCUUGUUUUUUGUUUCAGAGCAGCCCCAGGAGGGAGUUUGGUUGCAUAAAAGUUUACUGACAGAAAACAGCAGUACAUACAGUUUUGCAUCCGUGGAUUUAAAAUUGAACACUUAACUUGAAGAAAAUUAGGUUUUUCAACGUGAAAUUAUUUGUGACUGUCGAAUAAAUCAUUUAUUUCUU